GGUCAGUGCUCUGUAUUCGGGUCGGAAGGGAAACAAACCGGCGGGCCGGCUUUGAGGGGCGUGCAGUUGCAGUGUCUCAGGAAGAAAUAAAGUUUUGUGGAGUAAAAAGUCCCAAUGACAGAGCUAUCUGCAAACGUACAUUUCCAGCAUGGGCAGCUGACAGAAAACUUACCUGACAACCACCUGAGCAAUACCAGAAGUUUCAGAUUGAAAUAUGAUGAAGAAAGUGAUGAAGAGAAUGACAACACUGACAGACGGAGCCAUGAGAACAGUGAUAUUCCUGAUUCAGAGUCGAAUGGGCAGCCACUGAACAGCACUCAGCGAGUAGUGGAACAAGAUGACGAGGAGGAAGAGCUGACACUGAAAUAUGGGGCAAAGCAUGUGAUUAUGCUGUUUGCGCCUGUCACGCUUUGUAUGGUGGUAGUUGUUGCAACCAUCAAGUCUGUCAGCUUUUAUACGCGCAAGGAUGGACAGCUCAUCUACACUCCAUUCACAGAAGAAACAGAAACAGUUGGACAAAGAGCUCUGAAUUCUAUUCUCAAUGCUGCUAUCAUGAUCAGCGUCAUCAUUGUCAUGACCAUACUCCUGGUUGUGCUUUAUAAAUACAGGUGCUAUAAGGUGAUCCACGGAUGGCUCAUCAUUUCUUCUCUUUUUCUGCUAUUCUUUUUCUCAUUCAUUUACUUAGGGGAGGUUUUUAAGACCUACAAUGUUGCUAUGGACUACAUUACCCUCGCUCUAAUGAUCUGGAAUUUUGGUGUGGUGGGAAUGAUCUGCAUUCACUGGAAAGGUCCCCUUCGGCUCCAGCAAGCCUAUCUCAUUAUGAUAAGUGCUCUAAUGGCUCUGGUCUUCAUCAAAUACCUCCCUGAAUGGACUGCCUGGCUCAUCUUGGCAGUAAUUUCGGUGUACGAUCUGAUUGCUGUCUUGAGUCCUAAAGGACCACUACGUAUGCUGGUUGAAACAGCUCAGGAAAGAAAUGAAACACUGUUCCCAGCACUAAUUUACUCAUCAACAAUGAUUUGGCUGGUGAACAUGGCUGAGGAAGACCCGGAAGCACAAAAGAGAGCUCCCAAAAGAUCCACAUAUGAUAAAAAAGGAAAUCAGACCCAGAGGGGAAAUACAGAAGCUGAUGAUGGAGGAUUCAGUCAAGAAUGGGAGCAACAAAGAGAUAACAGAAUAGGGCCACUAGAUUCAACCCCUGAAACACGAGCAGCUGUUCAGGCUCUCCCCAGUAAUUCCCUAGCAAGUGAAGAUCCAGAGGAGAGGGGAGUGAAACUUGGCUUAGGAGACUUCAUUUUCUACAGUGUUCUAGUUGGCAAAGCCUCAGCAACUGCCAGUGGAGACUGGAACACAACUUUAGCUUGUUUUGUAGCCAUUUUAAUUGGCUUGUGCCUUACCCUCUUGUUGCUUGCCAUAUUUAAAAAGGCCUUACCAGCUCUUCCGAUCUCUAUCACCUUUGGGCUCGUUUUCUAUUUUGCCACAGACAACUUGGUGCAACCCUUUAUGGACCAGCUGGCAUUCCAUCAGUUUUAUAUCUAGCACACUUUAAGUUGAAAUCCAUGGACAUUUAUAUUAACUGUAGCAAAUGUAGAAGGGAGGAAUUAUUUCUGCCUGUUUGUUAAAACUGCUGCCAUACUGGGCUUCACUGGAUUCUUCACUGUAAAACUGGUCUCAACCAAUGUGGUCUGGGGCGUUAAGUCUUCAGCAUUCUGAACUAUAAAUCUUUGUAAGGACCAUUUGUACUAAAGAUGCCUGUGCUUCCACCAGCAAGAUAACUACUCAGCGCACACGUUUCACCCCACCCCCGUCCAGAGUGCAGAGAAUGGCUCUGCAAAGUACAGGUAAAUCAAACUAAGCUGUCUGAACCACCUGAGGAAUUAGCCUGGCUUCAGCUGUAAUCAGUACUUUCAUUCUGGUUCUCCUGUGGGAUACCUGGAGAGCAGUGCUUAGCUGUGGCAAGAAGAUUUUGUCUCACGUGAAGAAAAAAAUCAUGCAGGUUAUUCUCUGUACUUGUUUGGUUACAUCUUAGAUUUUAAGUUUCACUCAGCAAGUUUGUAGCCUUCUCCAGCACAGAACACACAGUUUCUAUAAUUGCUGCCAAAUGGUUCUUGGAUUCCGUUUGAGACAGGUUAGUUGUAUAACCAGAAUUAGAAUCUUUGAUUCCAGAAGAUUUUAAUUUCUUACUGUAUUUGUAUAACCUGUUUCCUAGAUUUCUUUCACUCUUCUCACCCCCACCCCGCGUUCCCCAUAGACUGAACACUCAGUGUUACAUUUCAUCACAGGAAACUCCAUAAUUUAUUUGCAUGUUGAGGGGUAAAACAAGAAACCCUUAAAAAAGCUACGGAAGACCAGUUGGACCACUAUUUUUUUAAGUUGUUUUUUAACCAAGUGACAGAUGCGUGAAUGUCACCUUAUUCUUUUUUGUUUUGAAACUUAUAAUUGUGUAGUGUUCCUUGAGAUCAUUGUAUAAAAUGGAAUAUGUUGUAUUGAGGAAACAAAGGUAAUAAGAGAGAAUUCCAUAUUAUCUGAAGAUCCUGUGCUUGUACAGUUGCCAGAAAUGAAGAUGUAACUUUUUUACCAUUUACUACUUUCCUUUUUUUACCCUUUUGUCUAAAAAAAUGACAGAGAUGAUGGUACAACCAGGAAGAUCAGUCUGCAUCCUUAAAUAUCACCUAAAUGGUUGUCCCUGAAAUAUUUUUUAUUUUAAGCUGUAGGGCUGAUAAUCACAUUGUUUUAAAACACAUGUAGCCACUGCACUGGACUGUCUUGGCAUAACCUUUGAACAUUCACAUCAAUUACACUAAAUUUGAGCUGGUCAUCUGUGUGGAUUUUUCAGGCAAGAUCUGUGAACAAAAUACUAGGUUUGUGUCUGGUCUUGCUCAUAGGAGCAUUUAAUUAAAAAUCAUGGGGAUAACCAAUUCUGAAGUAACUUUUUUCCCCUAUUACUGUGGGAAUCAAUCCAGGAAUACUGCCAUGGACAAGCAUGUUAUGUCACACAAAGACCUAAAAUCUCACACAUUCUUGUAAAAUUAUGUUUUGUGUUAAUAAGGGCUCUGUUGUGUAUCUUUGAGUGGCUCAUCUUGAGUGCUCUUAAACUCCAGCUGCGCUAUGUCUACCAUCCAGAGAUUAUAUUAUUCAGUAGAAAAAUGUUGUUGCCCAAAUAACCUCAUGUCACUAAAUGGCUGACAGUUGCUUACUGAAUUCAAUUUGGAUAAGGAUUAAUAAAAUGAAAAUCAUAUCUUACCUUUGUCUGACAUAAACUAGAACUAGUUGUGUAAAUAAUACUCACUGUUCAUGAAGAAUAGGAUUUGAAAUGAUCUCUUGACUGGCAUGAGUUAAGCUGUUGAUAUUUUGUUUGUAUUGUUCCGUGCAUCUGUGCUCAUCUUUGAGAGAGAGAGAAAUCUUUUUAUGUCAAAUACACAAACAAUAGAAAAAGAUUUGCCAAAAACUGUUUGGUAGCUGGUAGUGUGCACCCUUGAGUCAAGACUCAGCAGAGUUGUUAUUAUAGAGGGUGCAUUUAUUUGUGUGAGAUGUUAUCUGAAAAAAAUGGACUUCAAUUCAGACUGUUAGAAAAAGAUACUAGUUUUUCACUGCCAAGAACAGGUUGAACCAAGUUUCACAAUCCUAUAUCUGUAACAGUGGACCUGUAUCUAGGUUGUACCAGUUCAGGCUGUAGCUUAUAUGAUAUUUUAAAAGAUCAUGCAGCUUGUAUUUUUUAAAAAGGAGAGAAAAGAUAAUCUCUGCCCACAAAAACAUGUCAGGAAGAAAACUGGGCAAAAACUAGUUUCCAUAACAUCAAAUUUUCUGGGUAGAGAGAAUAUUUUGUACCAGAAAGUGUUCAGUCAUGUAAAUGCUCAUCUGUAGUCUAAAGUAGUGUACAGCCUCGCUAGAGGUUUAAACCUCGUUAGAACUAAGUUGCUGUCACACAAAAUUGUAGUGGAGAUUUCUUUUGAGCCAAAAUUGGUCAGUUUAUGUGCCUAUGCUUUAUCAAGUCCUUAAAUAUUGAGGCUGAAGAUUAAAAGUUACUUUCAUCCAAUUCACUGAAUGUUGAGAAAUUUAAAGAAAGUGCUAGUUAUAUUAUUGGAUCUUGGAUAUACUGGAUCUUCAGGGUAUACCCCUAAGGCAGAAGAAACAAGAAAUGGAAAUACCAUUUCUGUUACAUAUGAUGAUAGAAGAUUGACUGUAUUCCAAUACCAGAUACUUAAAGACAGCAUUAAUGUUAGUGGAUUCAAUGAUAAGAUGACAAACAUGCUCAUGAGUGCAUUAAGCUUCUGUGCUUUUUGAAAUUGUAGCAAGCCUGUAAUGUGAUAUAUGGACAAAUAUUCAGUAAACCUAUCAGAUUUGAUUCAAGGAUUGCCUAACAUUGUGGAUUCUGUUCAAGGUUAUACUGAUAGCUUCUCUAACUUCAAAUCUGAAUAGAUAACUAGCCAAAGCAUUGAAUAUUACAGGAGCACUUCAGAAUUGUGAACAUUGGUUUUUCAUUUCCUUUUUUGCAUAUUGGAUUUAUUCCAGACAGAUAUCUGAAGUUGCAGAAUUACCAGUCAUCAACUGUAUAGUAAUAAUUGAGAAUAAGAUUCUACUUGGAUGUUGCAUCUGCAGUUUCAUCCCUGUAUAUUACAAUUGCUUUGUUAUUGAUUUAGAAAGAGAAAUAUUGGAGUACAGUAGAGGGUAAUAUUAGGCUGGAUUAAGUAAAUAUCUUCAAUGUUUAUUGGUAAAUUAUUUUGGCAGCUACCAUGUAAAGACCAUUAUUGAGAAAUCUACAGUACUUUAUUUGUACAGUAGCAUGAUCUUGUUUCUUAAUACUGGCCUGCCAGUGGGAAUACUGAAAUAUGAACUAGAAUUGUAUGCUUUUACACUCUAGUAUGUGUGUUCUUACAGACAUUGACUUGUACAUUAUCUGAACUGAAUGUGAAUAAAUCUUUUAAAACACCUUUCCAAUUAAGAUAAUUUUGAUAGGUUGUUGCAAUUUUCCCUAUAUUUAUCAAAUUAUUUAAAAAAUAAAGAAUGCAUGGAUCGUA